CAGCGGCACAGACAAAAGACACAAGCUGACAGGUUAUCUCCCUCACAGAUGCAGAUAAAAAGAGACAGAUUUCCUCACGAAAACAAGAUCUAAAACACCACACAUAUUCCAUCUGUUAUACAAUGCUUUCAAUUUCUGUAUAAUUAGUAGACGUAACAAGUGAAUUGACUAAUUACUCCUACGUGAAUUAAUGUAUUCUGUACAUGAAUCACUGUAUAGUACAUCUGUUACUCCGGUAUUAAGCGUUGCUGCAAAGAAAACAUCAAGGUAAACAAACACCGUGUUGAAUGACAGGUUGCUAAGCUCGCCAGCUAAGUAGCUAGCUAGCUUAACCACCAAUAAUUAGCGGCGCACAUCUGGCAUUCUGUUGAUACACAUCUGGAAGGUUGAUGCAUCGAAAAGGCUACUACAAGUACCUCUCUGAAGAAGUGUUUCGGCUACAGAUUAAAAAAACACAAAUGUCAACUUCCCCACCAACCUCUUGUGAUUGGAUGCUCCUGGUUGAACAGAAGAAUAUAAAUGUCCGAGUUACAACCAUGGAUGCUGAGCUGGAGUUUGCCAUCCUGCCCAGCACGACUGGCAAACAGCUUUUUGAUCAGAUAGUGAAGACAAUUGGGUUGAGGGAAACCUGGUUCUUUGGCCUCCAGUAUCAGGACAGCAAAGGCUUCUCCACCUGGCUCAAGCUGAACAAGAGGGUGACAGCUCAAGAUGUGAAGAGGGACAAUCCUUUGUUGAUUAAAUUCAGGGGCAAGUUUUACCCUGAGGAUGUGGCAGAUGAACUGAUCCAGGAGGCAACGCAGCGCCUCUUCUUUCUGCAGGUAAAAGAGAGCAUCCUUAAUGAUGACAUAUAUUGUCCACCUGAGACUGCAGUGCUUUUGGCUUCAUAUGCAGUCCAGGUCAAACAUGGAGACUACAGGAAAGACUAUCAUGUACCAGGAUACCUUACAAGAGAGAAGCUGCUGCCACAAAGGGUUUUAGAGCAGCACAAGCUGAAUAAGAAUCAGUGGGAAGAAAGAAUCCAGGUGUGGCAUAAAGAGCACAAGGGAAUGCUGAGAGAGGACGCCAUGGUGGAGUACCUGAAGAUAGCUCAGGAUCUAGAGAUGUAUGGUGUCAACUACUUCAGCAUCAAGAACAAGAAAGGAUCAGAGUUGUGGUUGGGAGUGGACGCGUUGGGACUCAACAUCUAUGACAAAAAGGACAAGAUGACCCCAAAGAUUGGCUUUCCCUGGAGUGAAAUCAGAAAUAUUUCCUUCAAUGACAAGAAGUUCGUCAUCAAACCAAUCGACAAGAAAGCUCCGGACUUUGUUUUCUAUGUACCCCGUCUUCGCAUCAACAAACGUAUCCUGGCGUUGUGUAUGGGGAACCAUGACCUGUACAUGCGCAGACGUAAACCUGACACCAUCGAGGUGCAGCAGAUGAAGGCCCAGGCCAGGGAGGAGAAGAACAAGAGGCAGAUGGAAAGGGCUCUGCUCGAGACUGAGAAAAAAAAGCGAGAAAAUGCUGAGAAGGAAACAGAGAAGAUUGCCCGUGAGACCAUGGAGCUGAUGGAGAGAUUGAGACAGAUUGAAGAGCAGACAAAGAGAGCUCAAGAUGAGCUGGAGGAGCAGACUCGCAGGGCUCUUGAGUUAGAGAAGGAGAGGACACUCGCACAGAAGGAGGCUGAGAGUCUGGACAAAGACCGCAGAGCUGCAGUGGAGGCUAAAGCAGCCCUGCUACAACAGUCUGAUACUCAGAUGAAGAGCCAGGAAAGCCUGGUAGACGCCACUGAGCUGGCAGAGCUUACCUCUAAGAUCUCUCAGCUGGAAGAGGCCAAGAAGAAAAAGGACGAGGAGACAAAUAGAUGGCAGAAAAGGGCGAUGAUGGCAGAGGCUGAUUUGGAGCGAACCAAAGAGGAGCUGAAGUCUAAACUCAUGGGUGUCCACAUCCAGGAUUCAGUCCACCCUCAUAUGCAUGAUCACGAUGAGACGGAUGAGAGCAGCGCAGAGGCAAGUGCUGAGCUGACUUCUCCAGGCAUGGUCCGUGAUCGCAGCGAGGAGGAAAGAGUAACAGAGGCCCAGAAGAACCAGAGACUGCAGAAAAACUUGAAGUUCCUGAGCACUGAGCUGGCUGGAGCUGUAGACGAGAGCAAGAAGACCCCCAAUGACCUGAUCCACGCUGAGAAUGUGAAGGCAGGCCGUGACAAAUACAAGACCCUACGUCAGAUUCGUCAGGGCAACACCAAACAACGCAUUGAUGAAUUUGAGUCCAUGUGAGACAGUCUGCUGUAGGCCCACUCAGACUGAUGGCAGGACAAGGAUAAUUUAUGUUAUUGGUCAUAUAGAGAGAUUUUAGAAAUGUAAGUGCAGAUUAUUGCAUAGAUAGCUAAUUGACCUAAUAGAACAGGUUGAAUAUAAUGGCAAAUUAUAUUGAUAAUAUGCUUUGAUGCCUUUAAUGAUUUUAAUGCCAUUUCACCUGAAAAAAAGUCAGUGAGAAAAUUAAAACUCUCCUUGGAAAUACAUUUUUAUUUUCAAAAGACAAAAUACACUUUCAUGGUCCAGAUUAGUUUUCUGAACAUAUGAGACAAACAUAUCAUCACUGCUAUCAUUUAUGAAAAGGUUUGCUGUUGUUCUUGUCAGUCUUAUUACACACAUUUGCAAUUUCAAUAUAAAAAACCCCCCUCAUCAAUAUUGAUCGAUGAAAGCAGCAUCAUUUAAGGUAUUUGUUAUUCUUACCACUAAAUGUUAAAUCCUAUACUCUGUAUCACAAAUAAAUACACAGAAACACCUUCAGUGAGCUGAGUGCAUUAGUUUCCACACGAAUUAGUUAGCAUCACCUUCAGUCUGACUAAUGAGGUAAACUGUUGUGCAUCUGAGGCGCAAAAAAAAAAAACAACCCAAUUAUCACCUUCAGAUAGAUGCUUAGUCCUAAUAAUAUAAAUAAACAGGGAAUAAAAGUUACAUUUCCACUGAUGUGUUAUAUAUAAUCUUCUCCAUUUUACUGCCAUUUUACUGCCUCCACUCCUCCAAAAAAACACCACUACCAGAUACGGAGCAACGACAUCCAGCAACCCAGACUGUUCAAAGAAACAAGCAAUCAUGUUUUAAUUUUUGUGUUCUGUUACUAAAUGACAGAGAGUGAAAGGUCUUAAAUUAAUUUUUUUUUUCGAUUAAUUUAGUUUGGAUAAUGUUGUUUAGCUGUUUAUCAUCCUGCAGUCUGCAGUCUCAUAUUAACUCUUGUUCACCCUUCUCAUUUUGGUGACGUCCUCAUCCAUCUCAUGGUGUCGAAAAACUAAUAAAAUAAUCA